AGGCUGUUUUCUGGGGAAAAGUUCACUGAAGUCUCGGUCCGGAGGUCUGACCGUGGCGGGGAGUUUUUUAUGUAUUUUAUGACAAACGUUUUUUGUUUUUUUUUGUUUUUCUGGUAAGAAAUGUGAUGAAGAGUCGUGUUUUUGUGCCGGUUACAUGAAGAAGAAAGUGGAGAAAAUGUGACCGAGUUCGGUGAGAACAGAAUGACGGAUGCUCGUCGUGACCCUCCGGUGCCUCCAUCCCACCGUCGCCAUGGUUACGCACUCAGGACGGAGAGAAGGUGUCCGGGAACGCCGUCUCCAUGACGACGGUAAACAGGAAAGCUCAUGUGAAUGCAGAGAAGCAUUUGGCUAAAGACUGGCCCAACAAGUGGGGCUUCCUGGAGGAGACCUACAAGGAGUACGAGCAGGAGAGUUUAAGGCUCAAGGAGGAGGAAAGAAAGAAGCUUCCCCAUCACCAGGCUGCACGACCUCCAACCCCUCCAGAAAAAAUCAUACAUGUCGGCCCCUCUCCCUCAGUUCCAAAGACGACCCAGGCCUUCAUUGGUUGGCGUUCAGCUCACCCAGAUCUUCAGCUGGAAAAGUCCAACACGUUGCAUCAUGGGAGGCGUAGUUUUCUCAAGGAGCUGGGCUGGCCUCUGGACUCCUGCAGCUGAAGCCGCUCCAAGUUGUCUCUCGGCUAAUCAUUGACUCAGUAUUGAACGUGGGUGGAAAGUAACAGAGGGAGCUGCGAGGAUGUGGUGUUAAAUAAACACAAAUGAAAUCAACCUCAAGAUUAUACAUAUCUUAAAACAUUAA